GCUUGGACCUAGCAAGCAUGGCGUGGAGCUGCCCCGCGACGCAGGGUCCCAAGCCUACACCUCGCUGUGGACACGCUGCGCUGUUAGCCGGAGAGUCCUUGUUGAUACAUGGCGGAUUCUGCAUGGACACCCCGGAUAUAGCCACCAAGGACAACAGUGGCGAUCUUCUGAAGAAUGCGUACUGCAGUGACGUCCGUGUCCUGGAUCUGAACCGCAUGCUUUGGUCUCGGCUGCGUACGCAUGGUUCGCCUCCGACCGGGCGAUUUAGCCACACGGCAACCCUCAGCGAGGACGACGCCGUCAUUUUCGGAGGUUGGGGUGGCAACUCUGCGCCGGCGCCUGGCGUGGCUUUUGCCUUGCGUGGCAAGGUUGCGGAGGACGAGACCAAGCAGCCCACGGCCUCCGAGGAGCAGACGUGCGACUACUGUUGGACGCUGCGGACGUCUGACAUGCAGUGGGUCGCCAACCGCUAUGUGGGUGCCCCGCCGACCAAAAGAUACGGGCAUACGACUACGGCGAUAGGUCCCCACCUCAUCAUCUUCGGCGGUUGGGAUGGUGGGAAGCCGUUGAACGACGUCGUGGUGCUUAGAGAUCGAUCCGUGGCAGAGCGAGCUGGCGAGGAGUUCUUCGUGGAAGGAGAGGCUCCUGCACCAGGGGCCGCCUCGGAGUACGUAGAAGACGACUUCGAGCUGGAGACAGCAGAGGAGGGGGGAGGACCGGACUGCAGUGCAGCAGAGUGA